GUCAGAAGCGUCCCUCACCCCAACACGACAAGUCCCCGCCGGCUGUUGUCUCUGCUCUGCCCUCGCCCUCCGUUACGCGCCACAGAGGUUCAGGAGGAAGGAGGGAGACACAGAGAACGAGACAGAGAGCGUGAGUGUGGAAGGAGUUGACGCAAGGAUCAAAGGGAGAUAGGAACACGUGCAGUGAGACCCUUCCGGAGUUUAAACUGGCAAUGUGUUUUUGUCCUCCAGUCCUUGAGAUCUGUUCCUUGGCCGCCCCACGCCGCUCUCCCCAGCCCCUCGAUGCCCCAGCGGGGCCCUCGUGCCUCCACGCUGAGCGACGCGGCUCUAUAGACUGAACUGAACGACUGAAUUCCCAUGUUCUGAAACACUUCUGCGCCGCACCGCCAACCUUCUAAAGGCUCUAGUUGAAGUUACACGGUUUUUUAAGGGUGUUUUUACGGUUGUGCUGACGGAUUAGCAAGAUUUCUUCAUUAUUAGCUGAAGAAACACUCUUGAGAACCCGGCUAGUCAUCUGUGUGGCCUCUGGAAACAAUCGUGGUGAAGGAGCGAAGCGUUUCUGAAUACUGGCCAUAGAUUAUCGGCGUGAGUCAGUCUUGUCAAGAGAACCACGUGCAUUACCCAGCCUUGACCUCUUCUACGCUCUCAUUGUGUAUCGAAGUGGUCCCCAGCGCCCACACACGCCCACACACACACCCACACACACGCCCACGACACGCAGGAGGGGAAAAUUAGGACAUCCCCGCCUUGUAGCCUCGAUAAGAAGAGAAAAUUGGUGAGUUUCGCCAUAGCAGCAUUACUUGUUCGCCUACCCACAGUAACAGAGAAGGAUUGUAAAGAGAGAGGAAGAGAAACGAAAGUAAAGCAGAUAAAACAAGAAUUAUAAAGUUUCUCCAUCUACUUUACACCAGUUUUUUGUUGUCUCCUGGUAAAGGAAAAGUAAGAAUAAUAAUAACAAGCUAUCAAGUCGAAGUUUGGUUGGCCUUCAAAUAUUUUUUUCUCUCAUUUUUUCUACUGACGCUCACUCCAUUUUCUCUCGACUUGAUCCACCAGAAAAAACAGAACAUUAUCACUGGAACACUCUCACUCUUGAAGACUUGAACUUACAACGAUAUAAAAAAGAGAAAAGAGAAAGUGUUAAAACAAAUCAGCAGACAAGACAAGAACACGAGUCUGUAUAAAUAGACUUAACGAAGAUUUAUAAAGAGGAUAAUAUCAGAAGAGGAUUAUUAGAAGACAUAAGGACAAUAUAUAUAGAGAAAGGAAAGUAAAAGAGAAAGAAGAUUAUUUGGAAGAGUUUGCAUAGAAAAUAAUAAAGAGAAGAGAAUCACUGAUUAUACUAAGAAGAGAAAGAAGACAAAAUAAUCAAUAUCACCUGAAAAAUUCAAGAAAAUAAGAAGAGUUUGAGAAAAUUCACAGAAGAUAAAGAGAAAGAGGAAAAUAAAAUAGAGAAAAUAACAUUUAAACCAACAAAAAAAGGAGGACUAAUAUCAACAGAGAAAAACUAAACAAAAUAACAAUAAUUUAACAAGAUUCACAUAGAAGAUCAAAGAAAAAAAAAAAAGAAAACGAACAUAACACAGAAGAAACAAAGUAAUCAAAGAAAACGAAACUCAAUUAAGGGAAGACUAAACAAAACCAGAAAAGCUUGCGGAAAGCCUUGCGCUACCCUCCUACCAGUGACUUAAAGAGCUCAGACAACACCCACCCCUUACCUACCAGUGUUUGGAUCGUCCAUGCAAACACUGGUGCAGUCCUGCGGGGUACUGUGGGUGCCUUUACGCGUCCUGAGCCCUGUCGAGGAGGAGAAGAACUUGCUAAGAGAACAGGAGGCGCGGGAACAACUGCGCAGACGAAGUGCAAUGCCGGCCAGCAACAGAAGCAAGCCCGCCAUGGAACUGUACCGGCCCCCGACACUGAGAGGACCCGGACUAUUUGACAACGGGGAGCCAAUGUAUAACGGCAAGGUGUCACAGAAUGGUGGCUAUGGGGACCCGCGCUCCAGCCUCAACGUAAAUGCUAAAGAGUUUGUGUCCUCGGGCGCCUCCAACAGACCCCAGGCACUCCAGCACUCCAAGUCCUCCAGCAGCGUGCCCUUCCAGGGCCGCCAGGGUGGUCUGCAACACUCCAAGUCUGGGAGCAACUUAAGACAGACCGCCCCCCAACACUCGGGGUACGGCGCCCCCCACGACGCGCCCCCCGCCUCCACCUCCCCCCCGCGGGUCCACUUCAGCGACGACAAGGAAAACGAACCGGAAAUGAAGUGUGGCCCUCAUCCCCGCCCUCCGUCCCUCGCGGUGGGCACGCUCACCCAGCUGGGCAUCAAGCGCUCCAAGUCCCUGGGAUCGGCUGACCUGCGCGCCUCCCAGCUGCUUGAGUCCUGCUCCGCCAUGCCUGACCUCGGCCCCUUCUCGCCUGAAGUCAUGAACAGCAUCACUCGCGCCAGUAACGACCCGAACAGCGUGAGUGCCCGCCAGCUCAUGGAGGUGGUGCGACACGUGUUCACGCGCGUGGUGGAGGCUUCCAGGCACGCCGAACCCGCCGCCAGACUGUGCAUCUCCAUCAUUCAGAAGGAGAAAAACGAGACUUUCCUGGAGACUCUGCUGAACACGUGCCAAGAAUAUUUCCAGGAGCGUGACCGCCUGCUGAGGAACAACCCUCCCGCCCCUUACCCUGGCUUCGUGCCCGCCCACCCCCGCUGGAUCGCCUACAUGACCUUCCUCAACGAAAUGUACACGCAGCUGAAGAGGCGACACGUGCAGCUAAUGACGAAGAGAAUGCGGAACAGCGAGACACCCCCGGGACUGCUGCUGCUGACCCUGCUGGCCCAGUGCUGCCAGGUCUGCCUCAAGGAGAACGCCGUCAACAGCCUGGCAGAGACGGAGUGCCUGUUCUUCGUUCUGACGGGCGUGGGGAAGGACAUCGAGGUGGAGCUGCCGCACCAGAUGGGGCGCGUGAUGACCGCGGCGCGCGACGCCUUCCUCACCACGGUGCGCGUGCCCGCCGUGCGCAAGACUCUGCUGCAGCUGAUCGAGAUGCACGCCGCCCGCUGGCAGCUGCCCGCGCCGGCCGUCAUGUACUACUACCCGGGCUCCGGCAGCAAGUAGUGGCGCCGCCCGCUGCCGCCCCUGCCGCCCCCGACACACAGACCCCGCCACAGCCUGGAGCCUCGGGGACCGGCCGUGACACGGGGCCUGCUGCUGCCCUUGCCGCCGCCGCUGCCGCCGCCACGCUGAGGGGCGCCUGAGGGCGUGCUGCCCCGGGACGGGCGUGGGCGGGGGCGCGGCGGGGGCGGGGCACAGCCAGGCCCACAGCUCAUCGAUCGACCGAUUUUUAAACGAUUCUCGAUAUUCCGAGUGUCAGCAGCAGCGCUGACACGAGGCCGCUCAGCGAGGCCGCGCCCAGCCCCGCGUGGCGCUGGGCGCGGCGCGGCGCCACGAGGACGACUGUGAGGCGCCAAGGAGAGGCCGCCGCCGCCGCCGCCGCCGCCGUCGUCACGGUGGCGGCGCCGCUCGCGAGGGAGAGUUGGAUUUUAUAUUUUUUUCACCCGGCGGGGGCGCAGCUGGCGCCGCGCCGCCCCCGCCGCCCUGCAAGGGUUUGUCUGGCGUCGGCGAGGCGCCGCACGGCCGCCCCUCGCCUUGUGCUGCAACACUUGGUCUGCACGCCCCCUGCCCCGCCCCGCCCCGCCCCGCCCCGCCCAGGGACUCCCCAUUCACGUAUUAUUAACACAAUAUAUUAUUUGUACCGCCGUCCAGGGCGGGGCGGGGCGCCGGCCACGCUGCCCGAGGCGUGUGCGUGCGUGCCGCGUGUACGGUUGUGUGUGCAUGUGUGUGUCUGUGUGUGCGUGAUUGCGUGAUUGCUGGUAGUGUGUGUGUGUGUGUGUGUGUGUGUGUGUGUGUGUGUGUGUGUGUGUGUACAUAGGGGCGCCGCCCCAGCCCAGUGCUUUAAGAUAAUCUAGUCUUUCCUCUACUGACGCGCCUCUGUCCCUCACAGUAAUGAGUUCACAUACAUCUAUUUAUUGUGACAGUGUAGGUGGCUGUUUAACGUGUUUGAUAUUCAGGGAGAACAUAACCCACAGGGGACGCGUCCUUCCCGGGGCAGGGCGCCCCCCACCCCCAGGCCCGGCACCAGCCAGGCCCUUAGUCAGUGUUACAGGUGACAUCUCAUCUAUUUGUGCUAUGAAUAAAGUCAACGUUUGUA